UAAACGGUGAUUAACUUUUACACUAGGAGCGGUCGUGCAGGAUGUAACACAACUAACCGUGUGCUUAAUGGACAAAAUCAAAAGUUGAAUUAUUGACAACAGAAGAGAAUCAUAACAGAAAUAAGAAAAAUCAUGUAAGAGACUCAGAACACAAGAGGAUAUGAGUAGUGAAUCUGAAUCUGGUGCUGCCGUGGAAUUAAAGACAGUUGGUGAUAAAGAGAUUCCUAGUGAUGGUUCACAUGAGAUGUCAACCAACAAAGCUGUGGAUGAUACUCCACGUCUUGAUUACUAUGAAGAACAGGAAGAAGAAGACGAAGUUCGCUGGAUAAAGUCACAUGUACAGAAAAAAUGCCAAUACCAUAAAUAUCUUGAACCUCUACACACACGAAGUAGACUUGAUGAUAAGGUGGUUGGUUUAAACCCCGUGUGUACUUGUGGUAAUCUCAGAAGUCAACAUGAAUCCACUGAUGUUUUUGGUGAAUUUGAAUUUGAUAACGAUGAUAAUCAACUUGCAAGGUUCAUGAAAACUGAUGAUGUCCAGUUACUCCCACAACUACUGACUAGAAGUCAACGAAGAUGGAACAACCCAAGAAAACUGAUUUCUAUCGUAGGAGGAAAUCACAACAUCCUAAUGUCGAAACAGUCAAAGGAAAUAUUACGUCACGGUUUUACAGAUAUUGCAGAGAAAUAUGAACGAAAUAUCUGUUUUGUAACGAAUGGCGUGAACACCACAAUCAACAGACUUGUUGGUAAAUCAUGUAAGAAGAUGAAUUUAUUAACCGGAUCUAACGGAUAUAUUAAAUUGACACCUGUUAUAGGAGUUGUACCUUGGAGUAACAUUCCCAAUAAAGACCAGUUAAUAGAUAGACAGGGUAAAUGGCAGUUUAAGUACAGUCAAAUAUAUGAUAAAAAUAGCGUGAAUUUAGAAACAAAUCAUACAGAUUUCUUCUUUGUGGAUGAUAAUGACGAAUACCGAAUGGCAUUAGAGAGACAAUAUUCAAUAGGUAUUUUAUUGGUAAUACGGGGCGGAACAGAAGCCUUCCCGUUUAUUGAAGAAACAAUUAGAAAUGGUUUGAGAAUAGUUUUUAUAAAGGGGUUUGGUGGUGUAGCUGAUAUCGUGGCUCAAGUUUUACCGUUAACCAAAGAUGAGGAGAGACACAGCCUAUUAAAAAUACUGAUCGAACGCGGCACAUGUCUGGGGGUCAGUUACUGUGGUGAAGAACUGCAACAAAUCAUGGAUGCCGUAGAAAACAUUGUCCAUCACAAGAAAUCCGUAGCCGUUUAUGAUCUCAGUUCAGACAGAUCACAAGAUUUUGGACGGUUUCUUUUGUAUCAGAUUGAAGAAUCCCGUUAUGCUCCUGGAAUAGCCAAGCACGAAUCUCCGAUCGGCGGUGACUUGAUGAUUAUAGAGGAAAUGAGAGAUGCAAUUGUCGGUGGUAAUAACAGUGUAGCUAUAGAAUUACUGGAGAGUGGAAGAUAUGAUGUUAAUUAUUUACAGGGUAAAGAUAGUAACUUCGGACGGAGAAUGACCAAGUUGUUAUGUAGCAACAAUUAUGAGUGUCUUGAUGCAUUUUUUAACAAUGGUUUAAAGGGUGGCCAGUUUUUAAGUCUCCGAGUAUUAGAAGACUGUUAUAAAGCUGAAGGUGUAGAUGUUCACACGCUGGAGGAUACCUGGAAAGAAUUCAUCGAUAGUUUAAAAGAUUUGGGAUACAGAUGGCCGUUUGAUCUAGGUAGACCAGUUGAUGAUAAAAUAAUAGACCUGGAACAUCUGUUUGUGUGGAGUGUAGUGUUUAGACGACACGAAAUAGCAAAGUUAAUCUGGGCAGAAUUAGACGAACCUGUUGCCGCAGCUUUAGCGGUAAAUAAAAUACAACAACUUAUAAUCAGCACCAAGAGGAUUAAAGAUACGGAAGUUUUAAGUAAAUACGAACAGUACUCAAAUGAUUUUACAGAUUUGGGUAUUGAAGUUAUUGAUGCAUGUUACGAGAAUAAGAUAGCUAAAUAUAACUUACGUCGGAAAUUAAGAAAUUGGACGGAUCAAUCUUGUUUAAUCAUGGCUUCAGAAACUGACAAUAAAAGAUUUAUAUCUCGAAUAGCCUGUCAAGAAUACAUCCGAUCUAUUUGGUGGCGGAAUGACGAUCUUCGAUACUCGAAAUAUUCUUUUUCUCGGUAUAUACUGUAUUGGCUUUCACGAUGUUGUUCCCAGGAAAUGAGAGAGAGGGCUAAGCAACUGAGUACAUCACCAGUGGUGAAAUUCUCGUUUAAUGCGUUAUCGUAUGUGAUAUUUCUUAUUCUAUACAGCUAUCACAUGCUAACCAACUUCAAUAGUCAGUUCACAAUUAUUGAAGGAGUUCUAUGUUUCUGGGUUUUUACGUUGAUUUGUGAAGAAGCUCGACAGUUUGUAACCAGUGACUCAGUAUCUCUGAAGUCUAAGCUAAAGGUGUAUAUAACUGAUUCGUUGAAUGUUUUAGACUUAGUGACCAUUGUGUUAUUUAUACUGGGUAUUAUAUUACGGUUUAUACCGAACAGUGACUGUUUCGAAGCAUCUAGAGUCAUUUUCUGUCUCAAUCUCGUAUCGUUUUAUAUCAGGUUACUGCGAACAUUUGUACCGUACAAACAGAUCGGACCUAAACUUGUGAUGAUUAAUAAAAUGAUUUGGCAGGAUUUAACACCUUUUAUGAUCAUCCUACUGGUCUUUCUGGUAGCUUACUCUGUAGCGUCGGAAGCAUUGUUAUACCCAAAUACAGAAAUAUCUUGGAAACUGGUUUACUACCUACCGAGAAAAGCCUACUGGCAGAUAUACGGUGAACUAUUUUUGGAUAAUAUUGAAGGCGAUCCUGAUUGUAUACAGGAUGCUAAUUUAAAUAGUGAUUAUAGCAAACAAAGAUGUCCGACUGAAGUAGGAAAAUAUGCAGGCCCUGUUUUUCUUGGAAUUUAUGUUCUUUUUACAAAUGUGUUGUUGUUGAACUUAUUGAUCGCCAUGUUCAGUAAUACAUUUGCAAGAAUCCAAGAACAAUCGAAUCUGUACUGGUGUUCUAAUUAUUUUCACCUUGUUCGUGAAUAUGAUGGUCGUCCCGUUCUUCCUCCACCGUUGAUCAUCAUUGAACAUAUCUACAGGAUAUUAAAAUCUAUAAAAUGUCGAUGUUCGCGAUGUAAACAAGUUCAAUCGCAUUCAGAUGCUAACGUCACCGAUACAAAAUUUAAAAUGACUCUGGGCUAUAAAAUAGAUAAUUACUGUGGUCGUUUUGAAAGGAUGGCAGCGAAAUUGUGUUUACAAAAGAGAAGAGAAGUAUCUGUCGAUAGUUCCAAAUAUGUACGACAGUGGUUAGAAUCAAAUCAGUCAGAGUUAAAGGAAGCUUUGAACAGAGAGAAGACGAUAAGUGAAAGUCCUGACCAGGAAAGAUCAAGACGAGAUAUCAAUGAGGAUAAUCUGACAGCCUUGAGACAAGAGAUUGAUGCCAACCAGAAGAAAAUAGAAGUCCAGAUGAAAGAGAUCUUAAAUUAUAUAUCCAGUGUAUCAGACAAAAACAUCAACUAGAGUACCAAUCUGUUUCACAGAGGAUUACGAAAGUCUUCUAAUAUCUCUGUAAAGCUUUCAUUUGUAUGCCGAAGAUACUCAAUGAUAUAUUUCAUUUACACCUAAAUUGUCCAUCUUCUUUCAAUUUGUCAAAAUUGCAACUUGAGAACUGUAUUAGUGAAAUUAGAAAAUGGAUGUCAAAAUACUUUCUAAAAUUGAAUGAUGAUUAAAACUGAAUAUUAGUUAUUAGGCUCAAGGCAUCAAUUAAGUAAAUUUGCACAUGAUAACCACCCUGUUGUAAUUGACGUGGCAAGGAGUAGGGUCGCCUGUCCAACCUCGUGGGUUUUCUCCGGGUCCUCCGGUUUCCUCCCACUGCUAAAGACCCCUACGCGCAAGCGAAUUAUUGAAAUAAAAUUAAACCAUGUGUUAGUCCCGAAAUGACCUAGUUUGUGUCGAGUGGACGUUAAACCCCAUCUCUCUCUCUCUCUCUCUCUCUCUCUCUCUCUCUAUCUCUCUCUCUGUGUUGUAAUUGGUAAUUGUGAUAUAUUUUCAUCUUAUUCUGCUCGUAAUAUUGGUGCAAUCUUUGAUAGUUUUAUGCUUAUGGGAGCUCAAGUAAAUAAUAUUUGUAAAUUGUGCUAUUUUAAUUAUUUUAUAUAGGUAAAAUACGUAAAUUUGUAAUUGUAGAGGCCAUUCUUAAAAGUCACUUGUUAAUUAUCUGGUCACUUCUCGGUUAGAUAACUUUAAUUGGGUUACCUUUAAAGCUUAUAGAUAAAUUACAAAAAGUACAGAAUACUGCGGCUAGAGGUGUUACUUUAACUAAGAAAUGUGACCACAUAACUCCGGUUUUAUAUACUUUACACAGGUUACCUCUUAAAUAUCGUAUUGAUUUUAAGAUUUUAUUACAUACUUUUGAAUGUUUAAAUAAUUUAGCUCCUGUACGGACUAUUUCUGUUGUCUCGUGUUCUCUUAUCUAAUGACAUUCAAUUACUUUAUUGAAUUGUCAGGUGUCCUCUUACAGUCCCAUAUAACAACUUUUGGUCUUCGAAGGAAUUAUUAGUGAGCAGAAAUUCGGUCGUGUAUCUGUUAUCACUCGUCA